CCGGCAGAGAAGGCGGUGUUUGGAUGUGUCUCGGAUGUAGCCGGAUUGAGUGCCGGGCUGUGUGUAAGGAGUUGACGUCGUGACUCGUCAUGACAGGAACCAAUCAGGGCAAAUGUCACUUGUGCACUUGGGACAGAAAAGGAAUGUAAAUGUCUGAGGAUAAGGAAGCUCAGGAGGAUGAGCUGCUUGCAUUAGCAAGUAUCUAUGAUGAGGAGGAGUUCCGCCGUGCGGAGUCUGCACAAGGAGGAGAGAUCCAACUCUGUCUGGAGCUUCCUCCUGGUUUUAAAGUUCUUGUAAAAGGCGAGAAGACAACUGAACACAAUGUGUGUUUCUUACCUCCUUUGGUGCUCAAUUUUGAGCUUCCUUCAGAUUACCCUUCCACACGUCCACCAUCCUUCACUCUCAGCUCUAAAUGGAUGACCAAAUCCCAGCUGAGCUCCCUAUGCCGACAUCUGGAUGAGUUGUGGGAGGAAAACCAGGGAUCAGAGAUUCUUUUCACAUGGAUCCAGUUUCUCAAAGAGGAGCCCCUAGAAUUUCUGGGCAUCCAGUCUCCCGUGGAAGUCAUCAGGAACAGCAAGGCUGCUGGCGAACGAAGAAAAACUGACCUUGCAAGCAAAGAGAAACCAGAGGAGAAGAAAACAGAAGUAAUAAAGGAGACAUCUGAGCAGCACGGUUCACUGUUGUCUCAUCCAGACCAGCGAGCUGUCGUGUUGAUGGACCCUCAUUCCGACCCCCUACGUCAGCUCCUGGACUUUGACGAAACUCAGAGACAACGGGUGUUUGACGGAAAGGUGUUCAGCUGCGGGAUCUGCUUCGCGGAUAAGCUGGGCUCCACCUGCCUCUGCUUUAAGGAGUGCCUGCACGUUUACUGCAAGGACUGCAUGAGAGAAUACUUUGAGAUUCAAAUACGAGAAGGCAAUGUUCAGUGCCUUAACUGCCCCGAGCCCAAAUGCACGUCAGUCGCUACGCCAUCACAGGUGAAACAGCUGGUAGACGAGGAGCUGUUUGCCCGCUACGACCGUCUGCUGCUCCAGUCCACUUUGGACCUCAUGGCUGAUGUGGUCUACUGUCCCCGCCGUUCGUGUGGAACUGCUGUAAUGGUGGAACCAGACACAACAAUGGGCAUUUGCUCAGCUUGCCAGUAUGCUUUUUGCACGUUGUGUAAGCUGGGCUAUCACGGUGUCUCUCACUGCAAAAUCACUGCAGAUGACCUGCGCAGCCUGAGAGAUGAGUACCUGUCAGCCACGCCUGAGGGGAAGAAGUUCAUGGAGCAGCGUUUUGGGAAACAGGUGGUGCAGAAAGCGGUGGAGGAAUCUUUUAGCCGGGAUUGGCUGAAGGAGAACUGUAAAUGCUGUCCUAACUGUGGAACAAACAUUCAGAAAGUAGAUGGCUGCAACAAGAUGACGUGCACUUCCUGUAGACAGUACUUCUGCUGGCUGUGCCUGGGUGUCCUCAGCAAAGUCAACCCAUACAGUCACUUUAACAACCCAAACUCACCAUGUUAUAACCAGCUCUUCCACGGUGUCGAUAUGGACGAAGAGGAUGAAUUCUGGAGCGAUGAGGAGGACUGAGUCCAUUGGAGUGCCUGAGAGCAGUUCAUGUCAUUAUGAUGCACUUUACCUCUCUCAUCAGAUCACUUGGCCUGAGUUAGCCCUGCUCCAGCGACACACUUGGAUAUCUGUUGGUGUUUUAAUUAUGGCAGGAUCAUUAGUGUGGGUGGACGGCAGAUAACAGUCAGAUGCGUGUUUGACUUAUGUUUUUAUUUAUGCUUGCUUAAUAAGUUAAUAAAUAACCCAAUAAGAUAUCUAAUAAUUUUAUAAAAAAUUGGAUGGCAUCAUAUCGGUCUAGAUUUCCAAACUUAAUAAAAACAUCUGGAAAUUAGGGAGUAAUUUCUCUAAACUUAUGUAAAAAACCAGGUCCUAAAAUAGUUUUAAAAUGGAGAUUUUUCUGUUUUGUGAUGAACAUAAAUGAGCGUUAAUCAGUUAGCUCUAUGCUAUUUAUUUCUCACAUGUCAAAAACAACAAUUCUUUUUGCUUUUGGGUAAAAAAUGUGAAUAACUGUAAGAAAGUUAAGCAUCAUAGGAUUACUCGCCUUGUUCCUCACCUGGAAAUCAGGUUUUACCCACCCAUCUCAAGUACUUACUUCACACACACACACGUUCUCAUAUACGUAGGUUUCAUAUUUUCUAGGCUUCAGUUCUAAUGAAAGUUUAUCCAGUUUUAUGGAAUGGUUUGGUUGUAAUGUUGCCAAAUAUCUGCUGGUGAGUGUCAGGUUUAUCAGCUCACUAGUGAGUGUUUUGCUUUUUGCUGCUUGGACUGUGUCUUUGUGGGUUGAUGCUAUCAUGAAAGACGAUCACAAGUUCAGUCUUUAAAUGCACAUCAAUGCGGUUUUUGUUGGCGUCAGGUCAGACCCACCUUCAAGUUGCAUCUAAUUAAAGUAUAGAACCUGCACAUUUUUGUCAGAAUGCAGAAAAUUAAAUAUUUCACAAGCUGA